GUUGAAAUAGCAUGCACUUUAAAGCGCAAGGGCGAUAACCAAUCGUCUUUAUCCUUUUUGGCCCCAACGGGCUGCUGUACUCAGGCACUCGCUAGUAGCAAACCAGCAGUAACCGACAGCACCUUCACGAACAGUUAGUUUUGCUUUACGACAUGGCAUCUUCAACAAUGAUCACCGUCCCCACCACUGCAUCCCGCUUCGCCCUGCUCCAGAUAGAUUCGGAUUCGGACUCCGACGCCUCUGAUGGGGGGAAGCCUACCACUAAAACCGGACGGGACUCCUCCGGCAAGCCCCGGCAAGGAAAAGCAGCCGGGGGGAAAGGGGCUCAGUGCAACGACAAGAAGAAAGACAAGAAAAAGAAGAAGAGGGAACAGCAGCAGACUGAGGCAAAUGAGUUACGUAAUCUGGCCUUCAAGAAGAUUCCUCAGAAGUCUAGUGCCCCUCCUCCCUGUAUGACACUGUCAGGAAUAGCCGGUGAACUUCUCAGUCCUGCGUCAGGGGACCAGAACAUGCCUGCAGAGGGGUGGCAGCAGUGGAAGCAGAGGGAUGAGCAGAUAACCACUGAGCUCUAUGAGGCAGACUUGGAGAAGGCCUUGAUUCUAAGUAAACUGGACUUGGAACAAAACAAACCGAACAACAACACAAACGCAUCCUCACCUAAGGCACGAGUAGGAAAAGAGGGCGGAGGGAAGAAGGACAAAAAGAAGAAUCAGCAGUCAAAAGACAAAAAGACCGUUUCACUGCAGGACUUCCAGGCUGAGGGCAGUGCAGAACAUUUGAGUAAGAAACAAGAGAAAGAGGACGCCAGAGUGGCUAACGUAGCGCUGGGAAUCGGGCCGGAGGAGCGUUUCUUUAACAAGCUCGAGGAUGACGUCACUCGGAUUAUCCAACAGGAGAAGAGACGUGAGCAGUUCACCAACAGCCAGGGACAGGAAGUCAUCCCCUCCACAGAACAUGAACCGGAUCCCCGAGCAGAGCAGCUGAAGUACGAUCUGGAGAAGAAAGACCAGGAAAUCGAGAAGCUAAAGAAGAACAUCUCACAGUGGGAGGGGAAAUACAAAGAGGUGAAAGCAAGAAACUCCCAGCUGCUAAAGAUGCUCCAACAGGGAGAGAUGAAAGAUAAAGCAGAACUCCUUCUACAAGUAGAAGAGCUACUACACAUAAAAGAAGAACUGUCAUUACAGGUAGCAUCACUACACGCUGCCCUUGAACAAGAAAGAUCUAAAGUCAAAGGUUUGCAGUCAGAUCAACCAAAACAUCAGGGAAACAAGAAAGGAAAAAAAGGCUCGGAGACGGAUCUAUGAAGGUCCCAAAUGGAGAAGACCUUAAAAUAAAUUAAAAUAAACGAAUGAACAAAUGAAGAAAAGCACUACUGAUCAUCAUCAUCAUCAGGGUUCAAUUUCCUUAUUUUUUAUUUUUUAGCUCGGAAUCCAUUUCAGCAUAUAAUGCAUGCCCCCCUAAUUACACACAAAUACACACAAAGAGACAGAAUACACUCCAGAAGCAGCAGGAUGUAUUCGUCUGCUGAACAAGAACUGAAGGAGCUUUUAAAAAAAUGAUUUAGUUUAAACCUUUCUGUUUAAAUGGUGGCAUGGCAGACGGUGCUGCCCUCUGCAGGCCCACGCGUCUAUAGUACUGUUGAAUGCUGUGCGCCUUUUUUUGUGGGGGUUUUAAUGCCAAAAUGACGUGAAAUGUAUGUUGUUUUUUCUUUCUCACUGUUAAUUAAGUAAAUAAAAAUACUUUUUCAGUGA